CAUUGUCUUCUAUUUCUUUCUCUCUUUAAAAUUCUGAGUUUUUAAGCCAGAUUUGUUGGUACAUAACCUGGGAUCUGUAGGACCCUUGAUUUGAAUAUCAGCCAUGGGAAGAGCACCUUGCUGUGAUAAAAAUGGGCUUAAGAAAGGGCCAUGGACGCCUGAGGAAGAUCAGAAAUUGAUUGAUUAUAUUCAGAAAAAUGGUCAUGGAAACUGGAGGACUCUUCCUUCUAAUGCAGGACUCCAAAGAUGUGGGAAGAGCUGUCGUUUAAGAUGGACUAAUUAUCUUAGACCUGAUAUCAAACGGGGGAGAUUUUCAUUCGAAGAGGAAGAAACCAUCAUCCAACUCCAUAGUGUUUUGGGUAACAAGUGGUCUGCGAUUGCGACUCGAUUGCCGGGAAGAACGGACAACGAAAUAAAGAACUAUUGGAACACCCACAUAAGAAAGAGGCUGCUAAGAAUGGGAAUUGAUCCAGUGACACACAGUCCACGCCUUGAUCUACUUGAUUUGUCUUCCAUUCUACGCUCUACUCUCUACAACUCUUCACAAAUGAACCUUUCAAGCUUGCUUGGAGUGCAGCCAUUAGUAAACCCUGAGCUUCUUAAAUUGGCUGCUUCAUUAAUGUCUUCUGAACGUAAAAGUCAAAGCUUUUCGCCGCAAAAUUGUAUGCAGACUAUUCAAUUCUCUCAUCCUCAGCUAGAAAUGCAAGUUCCUGUGCAAGAAAUUGUUCAAUUCCCUCAACUGGUGGAGCCAAUUGCAAGCGAAUUAAAUGAUCAAUGGCAAAUAAGCGAAGACUGCAAUAAUAUUGAGAUUCCGACAGGGUUUGACUAUUGUGGGUUUGAUCAGCAACACGCCGCCGCAGUGAUGGACAAUUCGUAUGAAAUGCCGACGUUUAGUUCCCACAAGGACAUGGGUAAUAACAAGAACAACUUCAAUUUGAGCUCGGUUUUAUCUUCGCCAUGUUCUUCAAGCCCUACGCAGAUGAAUUCCAACUCCACAUAUUUUACUAGUCCCAAUGAGGAUGAGAGAGAAAGUUACUGUAGCCAGAUUUUGAAUUUUGAUAUCCCUGAUUUCUUUGAUGAAAGCUUCAUGUAAUGUAAAAAUCAAGCAAAUCUAUGGAGUUAAAAUUUGCCUUUUUA